UUUCUAGUAAUUAUAGCCAUUCGAUCUAUCUUCCGAUCGAAUCGAAACCUUCUCGGCCCACAAUGCAAAAUAAAAUUUAGUUUUUUCUAUUGACUUGUUUUUUAAUCAAAGACGACCUGUAAUCCAUCAUCCUCUACAUAUACGUGCAGUGAAACAACCAUUUCUCUCCUCAAAAACCUAAUCAUUCAAUUCCACCAUACACACACACACACACACACUAGAUAGAUCCAUCAAGCUAGCAAAUUAAAGCAAGAAAUAUAAUAAUAAUGUCUGCAGAAUCUGAUCUCCCACCAGGAUAUAGAUUCUACCCCACAGAAGAAGAGCUGGUUUCUUUUUACCUAAGAAACAAGCUUCAAGGAGCACGACAGGAAAUCCACACCGUCAUCCCUGUCGUUAAUAUCUAUGAUUUCAAUCCAUGGGAUCUCCCACAACUGGCGGGGCAGUAUAGCCGGAGCGACCCGGAGCAGUGGUUUUUCUUUAUUCCUCGGCAGGAUAGGGAGGCGCGGGGAGGGAGGCCGACGAGGCUGACGGCGGAAGGGUACUGGAAAGCCACCGGCUCGCCGGGGUGCGUUUACUCGGUGAAUAAUCGCAUUGUUGGAGGGAAAAGAACCAUGGUUUUCUACAGAGGGAGAGCGCCCAGUGGGAGGAAGACGGAGUGGAAGAUGAACGAGUACCGAGCCAUUGAAGAAGAAGCUUCAGCAUCAUCCAUUACCAAUUCUGCAAACUUGAAGUUGCACCAAGAAUUCAGCCUGUGCCGAGCCUACAAAAGAGCAAAAUGUGUUAGGGCGUUUGACCGGCGGCCGACGAGCAGUAGUCCAGCAAUUACCGCAGCAGCGUUUCAGCCGUCGCCGCCUCAGGCUGCUUAUUAUAACCAGGCGGCAUCGACAUCGCAACAGAACACUGCUCCGCCGCUGCCGCCGCCGGCCGGCGAUUAUCAGAGAAGUAGCUCGUCCUCAGGCGGCGAUCCGGAUGGCGGCUUGGAUUUUCCUCCUUACGGCUUCAGCUGGGACGAAUUCGACGAGCUCCACUGUCUCCUUGGAAAUGCUCAGUAGGAUGGGAUCGUACGGUCUCUGAAUUAAGUCUACUUUCGAUCCAUUGAACUAUUAGUUAUUUAAUGUACAAGUUUUAAUUUUAACUUAUUCUAUGUUUAU